UACAAUAAAGCAACGUGGUUUUGAAUGUAUUGGAAAGCGCAUGCGCAAACCGGCGGAGCGAAUCAGUGGUGACUAGCUAGUUUCUUGUUACCGUUCAGUCAGUUUAGAACUGACUGUUGUACACAGUUAUUGUUUAUUUACUGUACGUCCGUUCUACCGAGCAGGAUUAAAGUGACCAAGGCAUAAAAGAAUAUGCCCAAAAAUAAAGGAAAGGGAGGAAAGAAUAGGCGACGUGGAAAGAACGAGAAUGAGUCUGAGAAGAGAGAGCUGGUGUUCAAAGAGGAUGGACAGGAGUAUGCUCAGGUGAUAAAGAUGUUGGGGAACGGACGUCUGGAGGCCAUGUGCUUUGAUGGAACCAAGCGGCUCUGCCACAUCAGAGGAAAACUCCGGAAAAAGGUCUGGAUUAACACGUCGGACAUCAUCCUGGUGGGAUUGAGAGAUUACCAGGACAACAAAGCUGACGUCAUCCUGAAGUACAACGCAGACGAGGCUCGCAGUUUGAAAGCGUACGGCGAGCUGCCCGAGCAUGCCAAAAUCAACGAGACAGACACCUUCGGGCCCGGAGACGACGAUGAGAUCCAGUUUGAUGACAUUGGUGACGAUGAUGAAGACAUUGAUGAUAUCUAAAGACUGCUGCUGGAGGGGGAUUUGGGAUUUUACAAGAGAUGCUCCAAUUGGUAUAUUUUGAGCCGAUACACCGCACCUAUAGUUUUUUUUUCUUUCAUUAAGAUCAGGCUAUGCCAAUCCAAUCCAGUUUAUUAAUAUGUUUCAAUUUAUUCCAUUUUGUUAACCUUCAGUAAACAUCUGUUAUUUUUAAGAACUUAAAGUACAUUUCACUCUUGAAAAACCAACUUUGAUUUUAUGGUUGAAUGAAUUAUGAGAAGCUGCUAGUACUUCCUGCAGUUGGAUUGGAGAUUCAAGAGUAGGCUGAUAAGCAAGUGUUAUAUUCAGGGUGACUGUCUGGAGACAUGGCUAGAUUUUCACUAUAUUUUUUUCCCUUUCUAAUAUCAACAAAACGGCAAGUGUGCCAUUUCCAUUUUUUUAUUGUAUUGUCCUUGAAACACUUACUACUUAAAGAUGCUCUCGACGAUACCACGACUGCAAAAUAUCUCACACCAGAUGCGCCAUCUUUUUAAAAAUGUAUUUAUAUUGAUUUCACACUAUGUGGAAUUUAGCAAGAAGUACCGAAUCUCAGGAUUCGUCAAUAAAAAGAUAAACCAUU